AUGUCCAUGCUACAAGAAUUUAUAAAAAAUAAAAUGAUAACGAUAAAUGAAGAAAAAUCAACAAUGAAUUUUGCAGAUGAUGAUAAUUUUUAUAUGGAUGUGUCAAGAGAUAAUAUAGUUUCUGAUAUUAAUCGUGUUGGUGGUGUAUUAUUAAGAAAAGAUGGAAAUGACACAUCUAGAAGAAUUUUAACUCCUUCUAAUAUUUUUGAUGAUCCAAUAUGGAGUUUUGAUGGAAAGAAAUUAAUGGAAAUAGUUGAACUCAAUCAUUUUCCAGACGAAACUGCAAUGUUAAUAUCUUUGCAUUCUUUUGAUGAAACGAAAUAUAAAAAAUCAUGGAAUGAUUUUAUUGACAAUGUUCAAAAAAUCAAUCUGGUAAUAGAUGAUAUGGCAAAUCUUACUAAUUCAUCAUCAUAUAACACAAAUUAUUAUUAUAUAGAAAAUACAAAUAAUGAAAAGUUGAUAGAAUCAUUGCAAUCAAUUAAAAAUGUUAUAGUGAAUGGGUGUAUUUGGGCUAGGUCAAAUAAUCUUCAAUAUAAUGAUAAAUUGAAUAUAGUAUACAAAGGAAUUUUAUUUGCCUUAGAUACAUCAUUGGGAAAGUCUGUGAAAUUAUUUGAAACUGGCUUAUCAUUAUUUGUGAAAUUAUGUAAAUGUGGAGAAGAUCUAAUUAUUCCAUCAAUGAUUGAAAAGUGUUUAAAUACUUUUGUACCACUUUUAAAAGAAAAUUAUGUUUCACUGACCUUGAAGACAUACAUUCUACAACAAAUAAUAAUAUGUAUGAUAGAACCUCAAGUUGUUGAGAAACUUCUUGGAUGGAAUGAUCCUAAUGAUUUGAAAAACAAUACUCAUGCAUUAUAUCAAAAACACAUAUUAUCAUUUCUGUUGAUUAGUAAAAAAAUGCCAUAUCAAAUAAUACAUUUGUUGAACACUAUUAUAUGUAAGGUGGCUGUAUAUCAAUGUUGUAAAGAGACUAGAUUGAUGGCAAAUAAAGAAAAAAUACAGUUAUUAUCAAGUCAAAAAUCUGAAAAUCAAAAACCUUCAGAUAGUAAUAAUGUUAAUAACAAUGUUAAAGAUGAGCAACAUCAACAAAAGGAAAUUGACAAUUUGAUUCAAAGACUUAUUGAGUCUUUGCGUAUUAUAACUAAUCGUGCCCUUUAUCACACAGUAAUCAGUUCUCCUAGUAGUAGUAAUGACAAUGAUGUUGAUGAUAACAAAAUAGCUGAAUACUCAUCAUUUUCAUUUAGAUAUCUCACAUUCAAUGAACUUUUCCCCUCAAUAACCAUCCUAUUAACUUCUCCACGAUUAAAUAAGUCUUUAAAAUUUAAAAAAUUUGUAAAUUAUGUCGCUCUACUUUGUACUAUUUUAUUGGGAGAAGAUAUUGAUGACACUGUAUCAGAUUCAUUACCACAAGCUUUCAAUGAUGAUUAUUGGUUGUUCAAAAUGACUGAAAUAAGAAAUACUUUAGGAAUUGGUGAUUUGUGGUGUGGACCUGGUCAAUUUACAAAAGAUAAAAAUGAUGAUAAUGAUUGUCAUUAUGUGUUUGAUUAUAAUGAUAAGGAAUUGUUGGAUACUAAGACUAAAGAAGAUCAUAAUAUGAAGAAAGCAAAAGAAAUUUUGAAAAUGCAAAGCUAUGGAGCUAUUGGAACAAAUAGUGAUUGUCUUGACAAUCUUGUGAUACCACCAAACCAUCUGAUUAUCAUGUUAACUUAUCAUACACAGGCUUUUUUAAUUGUGGUGAGAAUAUUAGAGUAUGGAAGAGGAUUAGCGUCAGGAAUGCAAAGUCUUGAUGAAACAAAUUGUAAAAUAAUAAUGGAGUUGUUUGAGGAAUUGAUUAAAAUGACCGCUUUUAAUGUUGGAAAUCAGGCUGUUGCAUCUUCAAUAAUAAAUCUUGAUGCUCUUCCAACCAUUUUAUCUUUUGUGAACAUAAAUCCAUCAUCCGUUGCUACUGAUUAUGAUUUUGGACGCAUCCCUUUAGAAUUAUUGGAAAUUGUUGUAAAAUUUUCUCGAGCAGUUCCAUUUUUGUUAUCAUCUCAAACCAAUGAACUGGUUCUAUCACUUAUAUCAAAUGAUAAUCAUCUUCGCUCAUUAUGGGAUCCAAUUGCCACAUUUCAUGAAACUGCCAAUAUUCAAGGAAUAAUAGAUAUAAUCAAGCAUCAAAAGUAUUAUCCCGAGUGUUUAAGAGAUCACACCGUUGUCAAUCAACUUUUGAUUUCAUUAAGGUUUUUGUUAGCAUAUACAUAUACUGACGGUGGAAUAAAUCAAAUCCUUGUCGCAAGAAUGGACGAUUUUAGUGGAUUGGACAAUGGAGAUAGUCUUCUGGUAUUCCUGCUAAGACUUUUAAACUCUGCUUCGGAAAUACUUUAUGAUUUGUCAGAUUUCUUUGUCUACACAGAAAAUAACAAAAAUUUGAUUGCAUCACAACAAACUUCAGGAGUUGUGUUCUCAUCAGAAGCUUUCGAAUUACGAAAAGAAUUAUUGGAUUUGGUAUGGUACAACCUAUUACUUAUACAGAGAUUGCUUAAAGUGAUUUAUGGAAAUAGAGAAAGUAGUGCUGCCAAACAACAUUUCAAAAAUGUUUAUGAGCAAGAAGAAAUACUUAACGACCCAAUCCCUUCACAAAAGAAAACAAUGAUUCAAACACAUGUCAGAUCGUUUUUGGCACUUGUAUCAGCACUUGAUCAUCUAGAUGGAAAUCUCAGUAAUCAAAUAAAUGCUAUCUCCUUAUCUGGAAAUGAAAAACAAUUUAAAUUUGGUCAGUCAGCUCAAUUGUCAAGAAUUCGUGAUCUAGUAGUGAACUUAUUAAAGAUAUUAACAGAAGUUGUUGUUGUUCAGAAAAAAGAUCAAGAAUGUGAUUCAUUAGUUGUUGUUAAAGCAAAGUAUUUUUCUGAAUAUGUUCAACAUCAUGUCAUUAAGCAGUUGAUUGAGUUUGUGUUUGAAGGACCUGAAAAUUUUUUGACUGGGUUGUAUUUAAUUAAAGAGACAUUACCCAAACCAACAAAAACUUUAUUUAUUGAUAGUGAUG